UUCUCUCACAUCAGGGUUGCUCUCACUCUCCCUCUCUCUAAAAAUCAAUUUAAAAAUCUUAAAAACAAACGAACAAGCAAACCACCACCAUGUGUCAAUCUUUAUAGCCCACAUCUUAGUGGCUGCUUAAUUCCUUCCCAUCUGCCCCUCCCCUGGUUAUCCUCCCUUCCCCACGGGAAGAGAGGUCCUGGGCAUGGUGGGAAGUGCAGGGGCUCAGCUGCUAACCGGGCUGGAUCCUUGACUUGCCACAUGACACUGGACAAGGCAGUUAACAGCAGUGUCUUGGGGAUUUAUACUCUGGAAUAUGGAGUAUCUUGUGCUGAGCCAAGGACUUUGAACUUCCUGCCUAUCAUAGUGGGAGUGUCACUGGCCAGUUCUUUUCCAGUGGGCUGGUCAAUGUGCAUUUCUGCAUAGUCCCUUGGUGGCAGGUGGGGAUGAAAUCUGGGGCUGGGAAACCGGUUUGAUGCUUGCAUGUCUGGUGAUUUCAUGAUGACAUGCAGAGACUCCUGAUUCUGGAGCCAGAGAAUGAUCUCACAGUAAAAGGGUGUCUUUCUUUGAGCUCCCAGACACAUUGAAUUCCAUCAUUCAGCACAUGGAAAUCGACUCUGGGCUGUCACUCCUGCCUGAACAAUCAUGUUGUUGGUGUAGAAAUUGGGAUUUGUUAAAGAGCAUUAGCAUUUCCUUUUUCUAAUUCAAAUUCCCACUGGAAAUCCACUGUAUGAGUCUUAUUACAAGCAGGUAGACCCAGCAUACACAGGGAGAGUUGGAGCCAGUGAAGCUGCACUUUUUCUAAAGAAGUCUGGGCUCUCAGACAUUAUCCUUGGGAAGAUAUGGGACUUGGCCGACCCAGAAGGUAAAGGGUUCUUGGACAAACAGGGUUUCUAUGUUGCACUGAGACUAGUGGCCUGUGCACAGAGUGGCCAUGAAGUUACCUUGAGCAAUCUGAGUUUGAACAUGCCACCGCCUAAAUUCCAUGACACCAGCAGCCCUUUGAUGGUCACACCACCUUCUGCAGAGGCUCUUUGGGCUGUGAGGGUGGAAGAAAAGGCAAAAUUCGAUGGAAUUUUUGAAAGCUUGUUACCUAUAAAUGGCUUGCUCUCUGGAGACAAAGUUAAGCCAGUUCUCAUGAACUCGAAGUUGCCUCUUGAUGUCCUGGGCAGGGUCUGGGACCUCAGUGACAUUGACAAGGAUGGACAUCUGGACAGAGAUGAGUUUGCUGUGGCCAUGCACUUGGUGUACCGAGCCCUUGAGAAGGAGCCCGUGCCCUCCGUCCUGCCCCCGUCCCUCAUCCCACCCACCAAGAGAAAGAAGACAGUGUUCCCAGGGGCCGUGCCUGUCCUGCCCGCUAGCCCCCCGCCUAAAGACAGCCUCCGCUCCACGCCUUCCCAUGGCAGCGUCAGCAGCCUAAACAGCACAGGAAGCUUGUCUCCCAAGCACAGUAUCAAGCAAACACAGCCAACAGUAAACUGGGUGGUGCCAGUGGCAGACAAGAUGCGCUUUGAUGAGAUCUUCCUGAAGACCGACCUGGACCUGGAUGGCUAUGUGAGCGGCCAGGAGGUGAAGGAGAUCUUCAUGCACUCUGGCCUCAACCAGAACCUUCUAGCACACAUAUGGGCCCUGGCCGAUACGAGGCAAACGGGAAAGUUAAGCAAAGACCAAUUCGCAUUAGCUAUGUAUUUCAUUCAGCAGAAGGUCAGUAAAGGCAUCGACCCCCCUCAGGUCCUCUCGCCGGACAUGGUCCCACCCUCAGAGAGAGGCACCCCUAUCCCGGACAGCUCAAGUUCUCUUGGGUCAGGGGAAUUCACUGGUGUGAAGGAACUGGAUGAUAUCAGUCAAGAGAUCGCCCAGCUACAAAGGGAGAAAUACACACUGGAACAAGACAUUAGAGAAAAGGAAGAGGCCAUCAGACAGAAAACGAACGAGGUGCAGGAAUUACAAAAUGACUUAGACCGGGAAACAAGCAAUUUACAAGAGCUGGAAGCUCAGAAACAGGAUGCCCAGGACCGCCUGGAUGAAAUGGACCAGCAGAAGGCCAAACUCCGAGACAUGCUGAGUGACGUCAGGCAGAAGUGCCAGGAUGAGACUCAGAUGAUUUCCUCAUUGAAGACCCAGAUCCAGUCGCAGGAAUCUGACCUGAAGUCCCAGGAGGACGACCUCAACCGGGCCAAAUCGGAACUGAACCGGCUGCAGCAGGAAGAGACCCAGCUGGAGCAGAGCAUUCAGGCUGGAAAGGUUCAACUGGAAACUAUUAUCAAGUCUCUGAAGUCCACACAAGAUGAAAUCAACCAGGCAAGAAGCAAACUUGCCCAGCUGCACGAAAGCCAGCAGGAAGCCCACAGGAGCCUGGAGCAGUACGACGAGAUGCUCGAUGGGGCCCAUGGCGCCAGCCUGACCAACUUAGCUGACCUGAGCGAGGGUGUCUCCCUGACAGAGAGGGGCGGUUUUGGAACCAUGGUAAAGGAUGAUCCUUUCAAAAAUAAAGCCUUGUUAUUUAGCAACAAUGCCCAAGAAUUGCAUCCGGAUCCUUUCCAGGCAGAAGACCCCUUCAAAUCUGACCCGUUUAAAGGAGCCGAUCCCUUCAAAGGUGACCCGUUCCAGAAUGAUCCCUUUGCAGAACAGCAGAUAGCUUCCACAGACCCUUUUGGAGGAGAUCCUUUCAAAGAAAGUGACCCAUUCCGUGGCUCUGCCCCCGAUGACUUCUUUAAGAAACAUACAAAGAAUGACCCGUUUUCCUCAGACCCAUUCACGAAAAACCCUUCCUUACCUUCAAAGCUCGACCCCUUUGAAUCCAGUGAUCCUUUUUCAUCUUCCAGUGUCUCCUCAAGAGGAUCAGGUCACUUUGGAACUUUAGACCCCUUCGGAAGUGGGUCCUUCAAUAGUGCUGAGGGCUUUGCGGACUUCAGUCAGAUGUCCAAGCCCCCACCUUCUGGUCCUUUCACCUCGUCCUUUGGAGGGGCAGGAUUCUCCGAUGACCCCUUUAAAAGUAAACAGGACACUCCCGCUCUGCCUCCGAAGAAACCUGCUCCUCCACGGCCUAAACCGCCCAGCGAAGCGAUGGCUGAACAGAAAAGCUGUCCACUGUAUACGCUACUGGGUGGUAAAAGUACACCUGUAAGCCAGCUCGGUUCUGCAGACUUUCCCGACUCCCCCGACCCAUUCCAGCCGCUCGGGGCUGACAGCAGUGACCCGUUCCAAAAUAAAAGGGGGUUUGGGGACCCGUUUAGUGGAAAAGAUCCAUUUGCUCCCUCCUCUUCAGCUAAGCCUUCUAAAGCCUCUUCCCUGGGCUUUGCAGACUUCACCUCUUUUGGCAAUGAGGAGCAGCAGCUGGCGUGGGCCAAGCGGGAGAGUGAGAAGGCGGAGCAGGAGAGGCUGGCGCGGCUGCGGCGGCAGGAGCAGGAGGACCUGGAGCUGGCCAUCGCGCUCAGCAAGGCUGACAUGCCCGCCUAGGCAAAGGCAGCCGAGCACGUGCGCGGGCAGGACUGCCGUGGCGGGCUGUCAACAGGAAAACCCUCGAGUCUGUAUAUACACACGCUCGCACAGCGGUCCCGUCUCACCUGUGACAUGUGACAGCCACUGUAGGUCAAGCACUUGCUGGUCAGAAGGCCUCAGGCUCUGGGCGGCUCGUCCCAGGCGAGGAAAUGAGGCUCACCCUGCAGGGAGGCCUGGAAAGGCAGAGGCCACCGCCACUGCCAUCACCUCUCCACUGUGACAGCCCAGUCGGUGACAGUGCCCCACCUGGAACGGGCAGAGGGAGCGGGCGGCGCCUCCUGGCCUGCCACGCUCUGCUCAUAGCUGCUCCGAGUACCAGCGCCAGGGCGCACCCACCCUGCCGCCUCCCCGACCCAAGACAGAUCCCUGGCGAUGUAUGCAUUCGUUGUAUAAAAAUUAAGUUUGAAUGAUUAAUAUAAAAUAUUUUAAUACAAAA